UAUCCAGCUGCUCUCAGCACUAGUUUUUCUACAUGGUUUUACAUCUUUUAUGAACAUCGUCGAGGAUUCUACAUUAUGCAGAGGUGGAAGCAUUGGGCGUCUUUGUUGGGAUUAUUCUGUUUUCUAUUUCAUCCCACUAAAAAUAUGGGAGCCUGUAAAGGUCCAAUAAAACCUGCAAAAUGCUCCAAAAACCCAAGAAUCUGUGAAAAGUUACCUGGACCUGAAAAGGCUGAAAGGUGUUUUGAACGUUUAAGUGAAUUUCUGAAGAAAAACCCGCAUUGUGACAAACUCCAAGCAAUUAGACAGAUGGAGGAAGUUUUGGAGGAAACAGAAGUAACCGAAACAAGAUGGAUCCAUUCAAACUGUUCUGUAGCUGUGCUAUAUAAGCCAGCAGGCUCUGGCUGCAAGGGGCUAGAGAUGGACGUCAGUGACUCUGAGGUGGGAGACAUGCUGAUGCUGGGAGCUGCAGAUAAGGAUGUUCCCAGAAGAAAAGCGAGAUUUCAGCUGCCAGAAGAAGUCAAACUCGGACCUGAUAAUAUAGUUGCAUUCAUGAUGAUUCAGCUUCCAGAUGAGGUUGUUUGGGAAGGUUUGGAGAAUCUCUAUGAUCACAGGUUAAUUGCCCUGAGUGUCCGAGGAACGGAAGUUUCAGGACUUAAGGAACCAAUCAAGAUCACACUCAGCAUUACUACAAGUAUAAAAGAACAUCUGGAACCCAUGUGUGUGUAUUUAAAUACUUCAACUAAUGAUACGACCCCAGAGAAAUGUGACGACACCACAUCUAAUCAGACCCACAUCACCUGCUUCUCCAAUCAUCUCACCUACUUCGGAGUCCUUCUGGUGUCUGCAGAAAUCUCAGCUAAAGACGAGGAGAUCCUAUUCUACAUGACCUACAUCGGCUGCAGUAUCUCUCUCUUAGCUCUGCUCAUCACUGUCGUCCUCUGCAUCAUAAAAAGGAAACUCCGAGGGGAUGAUUCCAAGAAGAUCCACAUCAGCCUGGCGGUCGCUCUAAUCCUCCUAAACGUUCACUUCCUCCCCAGCCAGGCAGUGGCAGCAAUGCCCUCUAGUGAGCUUUGUCUCUAUGUGGCUCUUCUGCUUCAUUAUUCCUUGUUGGCCUCUUUUACCUGGAUGGCCUUGGAGGGCUUCCACCUCUAUCUUCUCCUGGUUAAAGUCUUUAACAUCUAUGUGAGGAGAUACCUGCUGAAGCUCAGCGUGGUGGGAUGGGGUCUUCCAGCUGUCGUUGUGUCAGUGGUUGUGAUGGUUGAUAAAAGCAUGUAUGGUCGAACCCCACUGAUCGCAUCUAGACCCAAUGAAACCACAAUAUGUUAUAUAACCAAUAACACUGCAAAGACGGUGACCACAGUGGGAUUGCUCAGCUUGGUGUUCAUCUUUAAUCUGAUCAUGUUUGGAGUUACAGUCAAAUGGUUCAUGAGGUCCCGCUUUAACAAAGAG